CCAAUAUUUAUUCACUGAUCUAUCCUUUCUCCUCGAACCCCAAAAUAUAUUUGAAAACCCUAGAACCGCAAUAUCUAAUUAUAAUUUCUAAAAGCUUUGUGUUCUCCGGGAGCAAUUACAAUCCAGAAUACUGAGAAAUACUUGUUCAAUUAAAUAUCUAUUUCAUCAAUUCUUCGAUAAAGGUUGUGGCUGUUGGAAAGAAUUUUUUCUCACAUGAGGUUCAAAAAGGGUGAUAAGGUGGAAGUAAUGAACAGAGCUGAGGUGCCAAUCUCAUGGCGUGCUGCCGAGAUAGUGUCUGGUAAUGGCCUCACUUGCAGUGUUAGAUAUGGUUCUGGUUCACCAGUGCAAAGUGAAAAUAUCAAAGAAAGGGUAUCAAGGAAGAUGAUAAGGCCCUGCCCCCCUGUAGUGCAGUGUGUGGAAACUUGGGCACCUGGAGACAUUGUGGAGGUAUAUAAUGACUGCUCUUGGAAAGUUGCGAUCGUGCUCAGUAUUUUACCAUGUGAUCGUUAUUUGGUGAGACUACUUGGUUGCUCUCUGGAACUUAGCAUUCAUAAAUCAGGCAUGAGAGAUCGACAAAAUUGGAAAGAUGGCAAAUGGAUUUUUAUAAGAAAGGGUUGUGAUAAAGCUGGGACCCAGAGAUCUAACAAAAUUUCAGCUCAAGAUUAUAGUCAGAAGACUAAGUCGCAGCCGCUGCAACUUGAUGCACAUACUAAAGGUCUUGGAGAAACUGAUGGUUUAGCCACUGAAGGAAAAAAUAGAGGACAAGAGUCUUGUUUAAUCUCAUCAAGAUCCCUAAAGAGAAUGUCUCCUUAUUGCACAUCUGGUGUUGAUUCACUUUAUGAGAAUGCUCAGAAACUUCAAGCAAUCGAGACAGAUAAUCGCAGGCAACGAGCAGCUCUGGUGACCUUACAGGAAAAGGGCCAAAAAUUGAAGCAUCAUCCCUUGCUUCCAUAUUUAUAAAGAUGAUGCUGGGAUUUGCGGCCAUUCAAGUGGCAUAAAAUGGGGAUACUGUAUGCAUCCGCUUUCCCAGAAAUCUGCAAAUCUCUCAUAUCACAGGUUUCCUAUUUUGUUUUGCAGUUUAACAUUGUUUGUAUCCGAGCUUCAAAUCUGCAUAAAUUCCGUUUUUUCGAAGGAAGUAAAAGAGUUGAUAUGUUUCAUUGCAGUUCCUCAUGGAAGAUUUGUUGUUGGAAAAUGUAGACAUGUAGUGAAUUUUGUUUGGUACAUUCUGUAUAACUUUAGGUAAGCCCACAUUUGCUAUCAAAUAAUUUGGAUUUCAUUACCGUGGAUGGUGGUUAGAUUUAAGAUCUUCUGGUGAUUCUAUAAUGUGGUUUAUUUCUGUAUCUGUUUACCAUGUUUCCGUAUUAUAAGUAGGUCAAUUGCCACUGUUUCCUUUGCAUUGUGAAUUAUUCCUUGAGCAGAUAUAUAAUUAUAGCAAAUUUUAAUUUCACGCUGAUGGUGUAUUCUUCUUAUUCUUUAUUUGUCCAUUUCAGGCUGUUUGUUGGUUUAUGGAUAAUUUUUUGGCAUUUGGAAAAUCUAUAGCAAUUUAUUGUUUCAUAUUGGAAUUUUUCAGGCAGGUUCUCAUAAUAUGUUCCUUAUAGAAAAAAGGGAGAAUUCUUUUUUUUUUUUGUUCUCUUAUAAAUAAUAAGAAAAAGUGAGAGAGAGAAUGCAGUAUAUGUGCUGGAAUGAGUUCUUAGCUUCAUCUUAUUAAGUUUUGGAGCAAAUAACAAACAAGUU